CCUACUGCGCCUUCUCGUUUGAGAUGAAAAAGACAUUUUCAUAACGACAUUAAUCAUGGACAGAGGCGAUAACCUCAGCGCUGUGAUUUGCAAGUUAUGUGGAGAGGCAUUCACUCUGCCUGAUGAGGAUGAAGUUGACAGACACCUCCCUCGUGUCCUUUUAUGUGGCCACAUCUACUGCACAUCUUGCCUGCUGUCCAUUCAAUGUGACAGUGUCAUUAGAUGUCCUGAGUGUGAGGUUGAGUUGACUGUUCCUGAAGGUGGUGUGCAUGAGCUGCAGGAAGAUAGCAGAAUCAUUGGCCUCAUCUACACUGCUAAAAUGAACAAGAUAAAAAGCCUCCGAUGUGAGAGAUCAAAGUAUCGCAGAAGGAGCAAAUUACCAACAUCCACAGAAGUGAACACCAUGGCCGAGAAUAUGGAACAGCCAGCUGACAUCGAGAAGAUUGAGAAGGCACUGGAUGAGGCGUUGGCCCGGGCUGCAGAAAAUCUUGCCCAGCUGGAAUACAUCCAUGAGACUCUGACAACUGGUCUGGCAGAACAGGUGAAGAGAGAGAGAGCUCGGCUGGAGAUGGAGAUCAAGCAAGCUGCAGACAAAUCUUUACAUGCUAUUCAAAAGUGGAAGGAGGUGCAAUUGAAUCAGCUGACAAAACUGGAGGCACGGUUCUCCACCACCCAAACAGAGGUGUGCAGUGUCCAAGAGAGGAUUAAGGUCCUGGAGACUGCCAUGCAGAUGGCCAGAGAAGUACGCCGUGUACCCUUCCUGGAGAAGUACUGCACCCUCGAUAAGGUUCUGGAGACGUUGCAGGCUCCUGUGGAUAACCAGUCUUUCAAUAUGAAAUGCAUUACUGUGGGCUCUGGAAUUAGCUGUGUUUUCCAGUCAGAAAGUCUGAACCAGAGUUUGUCCUUGUCUCUGAAGGUGGAAGUCAGCAGCCCGAAGCAGUUGUCCCAGUCUCCACCCAAAGGCCACCAGCCAGGCAGCUCACCCAGAAAGUCUCCCUGGCAACGCACAGAGGGCAGGAACAGCAACUCUAUCCCGCCCAGUCGCAACAAGUUUCCCAGACCCAAAAAACAUGACCAGGAAACUCAGAGAGCUCUCCCACCCACUGGCCCUGAGCUGGCUAAUGACAAAUGGAGAAUCCAUAAGAGAAGGAAAAGCCUGUAUGACAAUAAGAGAAAUGUUUCUCAGUGGGUGGUGGUAACCCACAUUGUGAAUCCAUGUCACUUCUACGUCCGCUAUGUGGCUGAGAAGAGGGAAAGUGAGACCCUGUCUAAGAAGAUUAACCACUUGUGCUGCAGAGAUAGUUGUCGUCGUUUCACCACCUGUGACACAAUGGAGACCGGCUCCACAAUCUUUGUCAAGUGGGAGGAAAUCUGGUGGCGGGCCAGUGUGGUUGAAGUUUUGAAGAACGGAUGUGUGGAGGCUGUGAAAUCCUGCCCAGUCGACCAGCUGGCCAGUAUCCGAGUCUUCUUUCUUGACUGUGGUCUCACCAAAAGCAUCACUAUACAGAGUGAGGAGGGGACCACUGAGUCCUUACUGAAGGCUGUGAACAACCACCUGAAGAAGGUGGGUGAGGCGGUCAAUGUGGAGUUGGGUUACUUUGCUCCUCAGGCCAUCAGAUGUUCACUCAAGGACCUGGUCCCCUAUGACCUGACAAAGGGCUGGAGUGAAGAGGCACAGGUUGAAUUCCACAGAGUGGUUGGUUCUGCAGCAGUGGAGAUGCGCCCUUUGGGUCAGGACGGAGACUCUUUAUUGGUGGACCUGAGGAAAGCCCCCAUGGACCAAUCCAGUGAUGUGCCCAUUUCUGUCAGAGAGUACCUUGUUUUCAUUGAAGUGGCCAGGUUCUACUCUCCAGUGACAUUGGGCAGGAAGCCCCUGCUGUACUACCCCGCUGUCUGUCCCAAUAUCAACAAAGAGCUUAAUGCAGUGGUGUCCCACAUCAACAACCCUGCUGACUUCUACAUCCAGCUGGUUGAUAACAUAGAGUCCCUGUUGCUCUCAGCCAAGCUCCAGGAUUGUUACAAUGCAACAACAAUGGCUGGAGAAGAAGACCUCAACGUCUACUGCCCUGUGAUAGGACAGGCCUAUGUUGCCCGCUAUGAUGACAAGUUGUGGUACAGAGCCCAGGUCAUAGGUCAUCCAGGGGGCAGAAAAGUGGAGGUGCAGUAUGUAGACUUUGGCAAUAAGAACAUCUUGUCAGUCAGUGACUUGAGGAAGAUCAAGGAUGAGUUCUUUGCCCUUCCUUCCAUGGCAAUCCACUGCUGUCUGUCUGAUAUGGUUCCUCUGGAUGGAGAGACGUGGAGCGAUGCCUGCACUAACAGAUUCAUCAAACUAGCUCACCAGAAACUGGUCACUAUGGUGGCUACAGCAACCGUCCCCAAGAGUGAGCCUCUGCCAGUCAAACUGUUUGAGAGCGGCCUGAACGGGCCUCUAGACAACAUAGCUGAACUGCUGGUCAAAGAGGAGCUGGCCUGCUUCAGAGAGGGACUGUCCAAGUCUAAUGAUGAUUCUGCCAUUUGGGACCCUCCACUUGAGCUUGGUUUUGCCACAGAGGGCACUGAUUCUGCAAACCAAAAAAUCACUGGAGAUCAGAAUGAGGAGCCACUUGAGUUUCAGCCUCAGCUGAAGCUCCCUGCACAACUCAAAGACUUGAAAGUCAGAGUCAGCCACGUCAACUCACCGAGCAGCUUCUAUGUCCAGCUCACCCAGAACGACUCUCAGCUCAAAAGGAUGUGUGAGCUGAUGAAGCAGGAGUGUGCAAAUAUGGAGCCCCAAGAUGUGAAGUGGAAGGCAGACAUGUACUGUGCUGCUCACAUUAACGGGGUUUGGGAGAGAGGACAGAUUGGCUCUGAUGUCACAUCCAGCAACAUUGCAGAGGUGAUACGCUGUGACCAUGGCAACACGGUGAAGCUCCAUGUCAGCAACUUGCGGCUGUUGCCGUCCUCCUUGAUAGGCUCUCUCGCACUGGAGUGCACUCUUACUGACAUCAGGCCAGCAGGGGGCAGAUCCACCUGGACGGCUACAGCCUGCGAUUUGAUCUCCUACUACCUGACCGGAGCCUCGGCUGUUAUGACCAUCGAGGAAUUGACAGAUGAGCGUCCAGUGCCCGUCACGCUGUUCUGCUCCAACAGGAUGGGACAGUUUGUCAGCAUUGCAGACUUCCUGGCCAGCGAGGGCCUCGCCCUCAAGAAAAGAAAACCAAGAGAUGCGGUCAUUCAAAACCCCAAAGAAACUGAUGAACAGUCUCUAGUGAGCGAGACACAAGUUGAUGGCUCUGGCGACAAAAAAAACACUCCCUCAAAUCCUUCCCUAGUUCCUCUCCCUUUCGUGUCCUCCCUCUCCACACCCAUCCAUCCAAAACCAGCUCCCCGCACCAUUAUGUCUGCAGAGAAGGUGAACACUCAGUUGUACCAACCCCCAGAGCUACCAUGCCUCGGUCACAUCCAGAUAAGUGUCUGUGCCAUCACGGAAGACGGUCUCAUUUAUGCCAGAACACAGAAUGCAGAGUGUCAGCUGGAGCAGCUUAGGGAGAGGAUUCAGCAGAGCAUGAAGACAUUGCCCAGACAGAAGCCUUAUACCUGGAAGUCCGUCCUGGGCUGUGCCGUCAUUGGACCUGAUAUGUUGUGGUAUCGAGGACAGCUUUUGGAGGUGCUGGGAGGACAUGUUAAGGUACAAUACGUGGACUGUGGCCUGGUGGAGAACAUCCCAGUGGUUCAUGUGUACCCCUUACUGCUGUGUGACGAUGUUCCUCAGCUCUGUAUGCCCUGUCAGCUACAUGGCAUCAACCCUGUUGGUGGUAGGUGGCAGGGGGAUGCAGUGGCCUUAAUGAAGGAGAUGUUGCUGAACCGUUGUGUGGACAUACAAGUCAUGGAGCUGCCCAACGACCCAAGGGGUCCCCUCACAGUUGAGCUCUUCCUGGAUGGGUUGAGUCUCAGCAAGAUCUUGUGUCAUCAUGACCACGCCUCCAUGGACCGGACUGUCUCACCACAGAAGGGACACUCAGUGAUGUCUCCUGCCCCAAUUCUGGAUGACUGGGACAUCGACACUGAGGGUCAGAGGGGCCCAGAGGAACCGAUGCUUGGGCCCUUUAUCUACCCAAACCUGCCACAGGAAGGGGAGCAGUUUCGAGUCAAGGUCAAGCACCUGUUGACCCCCAAUGAGCUGUUCCUGUGGCCUCUGGAGGGAAUAGCUGAUGAAGAGGUGGAUGGAGAGACUCUGGAUGAGGCUCUGACCAGAAUCAAUGCAAACAUCAACAGUCUGCCACGACUCACCAACUUUCCUCAUGGCGGUCCGUGUCUGGCCGAGUACAGUGACGGGAAGUACUACCGGGCCAGGCUGAUAAAGAUCACCAGCGUGGAGCCGGUCAUGGUCCUGGUCCAACAUGUAGACUUUGGCUCUGACGACACUCUCCCAACCAGCAAGCUGCGCCAGAUGCCGGCCGAGCUGCUGGGGUUUUCAUUACGGGCGCUCAAGGUUAAAGUUGCGGGCUUCAAGGCUCCGAGCGUCAGCAAGCAGGGAGACGUGCUGCCCUACAGCCCCAAGUGGAGCGUGAAGGCUGCAAUGCACAUGAUCGACCUGUUACACUGCAACAUCUCAGCCACGGUUGUGGCCCGGGAACCAGAGCUCACAGUGCUGCUGUACGGCGAGGAGAGAGAGUUGAUCCAUCUUCCUCUGGUGAGCAGCGGACUGGCUGAGCUCGAAUGAAGCAGUGGAGACGACCUCCUCAACCCGCAGGGUUUACUCGCAGACGUCCUGUUUUCUUAACGUGUUGAUUUCAUUCUGUUGUGCUGUUUGACAGCUGUUCUUAGUUUGAUGUGAACAUUUGGAGUCUUAACUUUCACUGUAGAGCAGUGACUAACUUUAAGUUUGGCUGUUUUGUGUUUAAGGGAGCUGUGUUGACUGAGCACUUUGUUUUCUACUCAUUUGACUCAUGUGAGACAGACUGUCUGUAUGAAGGUUCAGAUUAAAGUCUUCCAAUACUCUAA